AUGUUUUUCUUUCCCAAGUUGCGAAUUUUUUAUCUUUCUCAAAAUGAGUUCAGCGGAUCACUGCCUGCAGAAGUAUUUGAAAAUUUUAGAGCGAUGAUCAACUUACAUGGCGCAGACAAAUGCAAGAUCGAAUAUAUGAGUAAAAAUUUGGAUGGUGAUGCUAUGUAUGAGGAUUCUGUGAGGUUGGUGAUCAAAUGCCAGGAAUUUGAGCUAGAAAGAAUCAACACAAUUAUGACAGUCAUAGAUCUGUCAAGCAACCAUUUUGAAGGUGUGGUUCCAAAAACACUAAUGGAGCUUGUGUCAUUUAGGCUACUUAAUUUAUCCCAUAACAAUCUCAGAGGUCAUAUUCCAUUGGAAUUGGGGCAAUUGAAUAUGCUUGAAGCAUUAGAUCUCUCUUGGAAUCGGCUCACCGGAAAGGUUCCACAGGAAUUGACAAGGCUAACAUUUCUUACAAAGUUAAACCUCUCUCAAAAUCUUCUUAUUGGACGCAUUCCUUGA